UAAACAUUGUAAAUGGACGCUUCUUCAUAUACGCCACAGUUUAAAUAUGGAAGAGUCAAUUACUAUUAAGGUAGAAGAUCCCCAAACGGUUGAGGAAGCUGUUAUAAAUGCAGAAAUUGUCACAGAUCCAGAUAGCAAUAGUGCGAGAGCCGAGAAGACGAUAGAGUUGCCUUGUAGUCCAUCAACACCCUCACACCAUGAUUAUUUUGAUGUUAUGCUGAAACACACCUUUGGUUAUGUCUAUACUGUGGAGAAGGCAAACGAGACUUUAAGUUUAUUUCAAGAGAGAACUUUGAAUCGGUUUGUUUGUUACAAGGUUCAGAGAAGUUUUGGAAGAGAUGAUUGGACUGCAGAAAAUCAUAAAAUUCUGUGGCAUCAAGAUGAGCAAAAGAUUAAAACUGAAAAUUACACUCCCAUGUAUGAUGGCAUCCCGUACAUUCUCCUCGGCAGCAAACUAUUGGAGUGCCAGUUUGGUAUUGAUAGAAAUGUUUAUCAGAAGCAGAAACACUAUGCAAAAAGGAAUGGUCUGGGGACAAGGGUUCCCGGCAUUAUGAACGACUGCAUCAUGUUUCGCCACAUCCUCACAUGGCUGGUGUGUGGGUGGGAAGACCAACCACUUGGGUAAUGCUGGAUUUUUCUGCUCAUGUUCUAUUUAUUAUUAAUGUGCCAAUAAACUGUAGAUAUUUCUUUAAAUGUACCCCCUGUACAUAU